CUGUUCUAUGUGGCAACUCAGAGAUGAGUAACCAACUCGGGUUAUUGUUAAAAGCCACGUGAGCGAUUGCAUGAGUCACAGUCUCAGUUCAACACUACACGCUGUAAGAUGAAGGCUGUACUCAUCUUGCUCGCAGCUUGUACCUUGGCAAAUGGUGCAGUUCGUAUCAAGAAUUGCGGUACUGGGAGCUCCGCUGUGGUCGAUUUUUCUAAGCUUCAAAUAACAGGCUGCAAUGAAGGGGGGUCCAAGUGCAUCUUCAGAAAGGGCAGGAAUGCCAGCAUAUCACUACCCUUCACACCAAAGGCUGAAGUGCUAUCAGUGACAGCUAAGGUGGAAGGCAUCCUUGGACCCAUUCCUGUGCCCUUCCAGUUAGAUAACCCUAAUGGCUGUGUGAAUUCCGGGUUACAAUGUCCUCUUCAGGCAAACCAACUUAGUACCUACACAUCAGCAAUCGAAGUUAAAAAUGUUUAUCCUUCAAUAUCGCUGAAAGUGAGAUGGCAAUUGCUGGAUGAGCACAACAACAAAAUAGUGUGUCUUGAAAUCCCCGUGAAAAUUGAAAGUUCACGUAAAUGAUGUACAGUAUACAGUACUAUUUCUGAGGUAGUUUAUCCCUGCCGCUUUAUAAGAAAAUUACAAUUACUGUUUAAGAAUUCCAUAUUCUUUAAAACUGAAAGGAUCCUUAUGUAAAGAAAAUAUUCCAAUAAUAAUUACUGAAAAUUAAACUCGUGCUGCCUGUAGACCUAACCUUGUUGCUGUUGAAUAUAACACUGUACAUACUGUACUGUAUCUGGUACAGUGUCAGUAUUAUUACUGAUCAUAUUUUUUUAUAUAGUACAGUACAGUAUAUCAAGUAUAACAAAACUACUGAAUUUACUGAUAAUAGUGAAGGGUCACAUGAGUGAGUUGUUUAAUUAUAGUUAUUGUAUUAAUUAUUGAAUCAUGAGUAGCUGUACAUUAAGAAUAAAGUGUACAGGGUACAGUAUAGUACAGUACAGUACAGUACAGUACAGUACAGUAGUUCCUGUAUUCAAAGCAAGGUGAUUUGGUGACCAAACCGUUUUUUAAUCCUAAAUAUUAGGUAUGACGGGAACCAUUCCUACAUUCUUUAAAUAUCAUAUACAGUAAUUUACACAGGAACUGAAACAGUUGCUUGUGCUUACAUAAUAGAGGUGCAGAAUAGUGCACAGGUUUAAAAAAUAAAGAAUGCCUGAAGAGGUGA